AGUGGGUCGACUUCGGUCGACAGGGGUCGCCACUGGUGUCAAUCGCCAUGUUUGUUUUAGAAUUUGUGUUGUGAGUGGCUCUGUUCUACAAAACUGUAAAAAGGACUGCUUGUUUAAUUUUAUUUAGACUUCACUAACAAAACCUGGUUCAUCAGAGCAUGACAUCGCCAUCACCGUCACAACCAUUUGGAUAUGGCCAACCAACAGGGAGCUCGCUCAUCCCCUUCUUCCCCACGUCGGUGUCCCAGCAGCAGGCGGUGCUGUCGAGCGCGGCCUCUCGGGGUGGCCCCUUCCCGGACGUCUUUGGCGCAGACAAGAGCUCCUUUGGGGAGCUGGGCCUGCGCAGCGCCCUGUCGGGGGCCCUGUCCGGGGCCGGCAGCGCCCAGUUCGGGCCCCCCUCGGUGGCGGGCCGGCCCCACGCGACCCCCACCAGCCUCUCUGGUUUCCCGCCGGUCUCCUUGCCACCUCCCCAGCAGGCGUCCCCAAACAGCCGGACGAUGCUGACGAUUGGUUCCAGGGGUCUGCCGGGACAGCGGCAAGUCGGUCCCGACAUUAACAGGCUGGUCGGGCUCGGCGCACCACCGAGGGCAGGGUACACGGAUCAAAGUUCGCUAUGGAGGAACAACGUUCCCGUGUCGGGGGGCAUCUCCAGCUUCGGAAUGUCUCACAACUCCCGAAACUUCCCGUCGUCGCAGUCACUCAUGGGCAACAGCCUCCAGAAUCAGCUGUUCAACUCCAAUCCAGCCCUGGACCUGUCCGAGUUCCCGUCGUUGACGAACCGGGGAUCGCAAGAGGGCUCCAACCAGGGGCUGAGCAGCAAUCCCAUGGCGGGGAGGGCGGCCUACGGCAAGCUCUUUGGGAUGGUGAAGCAACCCAACAACGACUCCAACGAGUUCCACAUUCACAACGAGGACUUCCCCGCGUUGCCCGGAUCACAAGGUCAGGAAAAUAACCAGGACUGCAUGAACAAGCAGUCCAGCAACUCUGGGAGCGAGUCAUCCAAAGACGGCAGCGGUUUCUCGGGGGACAAGCUGACGCCGCAGACGCUGAAACGAGGCAUUCAAACGUCCAAAGACGGCACGGUGACCAACAUCCCCGCGGGCAUGGUGACGGACCAGUACGGCAUGGUGGGGCUGCUGACGUUCAUCCGGGCGGCCGAGACGGACCCCAACCUGGUCUCCCUGGCCUUGGGCAGCGACCUCACCACCCUCGGGCUCAACCUCAACUCCCCCGAGAACCUGUAUCCCGUGUUUGGUGGUCCCUGGGCGGAGCAGCCGUGCAGGCCUCAAGACAUCGACUAUCACGUGCCGUCUGAGUACAUCAUCAAUCAGAGCAUCCGCGACAAGCUGGCGGGCAUCAAGCUGAACCGCUACGGGGAUGACCUACUCUUCUUCAUCUUCUACAUGUUUGGCGGAGACAUGCUCCAGCUACUCGCUGCCUGCGAAUUGUACAACCGAGACUGGCGCUUCCACAAGGACGAGCGGGUCUGGAUCACGCGUGCGGGCAUCUCGCCGACGGAGAAGACGUCCACGUACGAGCGGGGAACAUACUUCUUCUUCGACCCGGUCAAUUGGCGCAAGGUGGCCAAGGAGUUCCACCUGGACUACGACCGGCUCGAGGAGAGACCACAGCACUACUCGCAGCUCGGGCCCUAGGUGCCGACCCCGAGGGCCAGUCGUCUUCAUUGCCAUCGUCGUCGUCGUCGGAAGCGUCGCCUCCUCCCUCUUCCGGGACCCCUGCCUACGGACGGUUCACUCAACGGCUGUGCGUUCAGCCUCGGUCGUGUCUCUCCGCGUCGCACCAGGUUUUCCGUUUCGUCGAAGGCAACCCUCCGCCGCACGUCGCAUCGCGCGUCCCGCACGGCACGUCCUGCGGCCGCCGGUGUUUCGUUCGGGAUUUCUGCGUCUGGUCUUUGCCCCCGGUUGAUGAUUCGAUGACGGUUGGGUUUUUUUUUUGUUUCCGAUUCGUCUCGACCCUUAGCUCUUGGUUUCUGUGGUGUACGGUUUGGUAGCAGCGAAGUCUCUGUUCCAUCGGGGUCGUUUCCGAAAAGUUACGACUUCGUUACGGCAGAGUUUCUGUUCUGCUACGAUUCAUUCUUUCAAAGAUUAAAAAGCGGUUGCCGAGUGCAGGCCUACGUCGGUGGAAAAUGGGCGUCGUCUUGCUCUCGUCAGCAAUGAGUUUAAGUUAAGAUGACCCUUUAAUGACUUCUACAGUUUUUGUUUUGUCCCAGCUCUCGCUUUUCUAAAUCGGCUACGCUUUAAUUUAAAAUGGCUUUAGUUCCUGUUCUGUCAGUUCUCCAGUUCCCUCUUUGUUUCAGAAACAACUGGUAUCAUGGAAUUCUUUUGUUUUCAUUUGUAAUUUUGUUGAUUUCAGUAGCAGGCGGAGAUUGCGAGUUGGUUGGCUCGUUGGCAAGGGUUGCAAAUCGGUACUGUGGUUUAGUUCCUCGGCCAACUGUUGUGGUCAGUCGUAAUGGCAAAAGGUUGUUCAAGUGUAAUGCGGUUGUGACUGCUGCUGUUAAGGAGGGAAGCGAAAUUCAUGAAUCUUGGAGGUAAGGGAGGAGACGCGGAGGACAUCUGCCAAAAAGAAUUCAGUUUGAGAUUAGCUUGCUUGUGGUAGUUUGUCUACCAGCUCUUUUGAGUUCUCGACCGUUGCCGUUUUGAAACGUUUUUGCGUGACCGGUUUUUGCGCGAGUCAUUUCGUGUUAUUUAUGGACGAAACAGUUCUUCUAUGUGGACGAAAACAAAAAUUAUAAUAAACCUUAUUUUUUAACACUGUUUGCAGGAAUGCGCGCAGCCUUGUUUGUAGAUUAUUUGUUUUUGGGUGGGAAGGGAGACCAGUUGUUUAAGUUUGGGGUUAACCGUUCGGUGGGCUUUCGUUUUGCGGGCCUUUCUCGGAUCUAGUUUGUGCAAGGACGUAGUGGUUGCCUCAACCUGUGCUGGAAGCGACUGGAUUGGCUAAGCUAAGGCUGUGGACGGCCGAAGACGAAAGCAAGCGCCAAGCCGUGCCGAGACAAAGGCCGGGGGAGGAGGUGUCCCCACUGGUAGCUCGGACAAAACAUGAUGUACAUAAGCCUUCCUUAAUUAUUUUCAAAAUGUGUACAAAGGAGCGGCCUUGAUACAUAGUUGCUUGUCAAUAAAGAAGGAUCUCUA